AAAUUGAAUAAUACACAAACACAGAGUGAGAGUGAGAGAGAGAGAUCAGAGAAAAUGAAUAUCGAAAUUCCGAGACGAGAGUUAUUCAUAAACGGAGAGUGGAAAGCUCCCGUUCUGAACAAACGGAUUCCCAUCAUUAACCCUUCCAAUCAACAGAUCAUCGGGGAUAUUCCAGCGGCUACUAAGGAAGAUGCGGAGUUUGCAGUGGCAGCUGCAAAAACUGCCUUCUCUCGUAACAAAGGCGCUGACUGGGCUUGCGCUUCUGGUUCUGUUCGUGCACGCUAUCUACGCGCCAUCGCUGCGAAGGUUACUGAGAAAAAAUCUGAGUUAGCAAAACUUGAAGCCAUUGAUUGUGGAAAACCACUUGAUGAAGCCGCAUGGGACAUGGAUGAUGUUGCUGGUUGCUUUGAGUUCUAUGCUGAUCUUGCAGAAAAAUUGGAUUCCAAACAAAAAGCUCCUGUGUCUCUUCCAAUGGAUACAUUCAGGAGUUAUGUUCUUAAGGAACCCAUUGGGGUUGUUGGAUUAAUAACACCAUGGAAUUAUCCUAUGUUAAUGGCUACGUGGAAGGUUGCUCCUGCUCUGGCUGCUGGUUGUGCUGCGAUAUUGAAGCCGUCUGAAUUGGCAUCUGUGACCUGUUUGGAGCUCGGUGAAAUAUGCAGAGAAGUGGGCCUUCCUCCAGGUGUAUUAAACAUUCUCACUGGAUUAGGCCCUGAAGCUGGUGCUCCUUUAGCAUCCCAUCCUGAUGUAGACAAGAUUGCCUUUACUGGAAGCUCUGUAACUGGGAGCAAGAUUAUGACAGCUGCUGCUCAGCUGCUCAAGCCCGUUUCAUUAGAGCUCGGUGGAAAAAGCCCAAUCAUCGUUUUUGAGGAUGUUGACCUUGAUAAGGCUGCUGAAUGGACCAUCUUUGGCUGCUUCUGGACAAAUGGUCAGAUAUGCAGUGCAACUUCCCGCCUUAUUGUACAUGAAAGUAUAGCAACAGAAUUUUUGAAUAGGCUUGUGAAAUGGGUCAAAAACAUCAAAAUUUCAGAUCCCUUGGAAGAAGGUUGCAGGCUAGGCCCUGUUGUUAGUGAAGGACAGUACGAAAAAAUAAUGAAGUUUAUCUCGAAUGCCAAGAGUGAGGGUGCAACCAUUUUAACUGGUGGGUCUCGCCCAGAGCAUCUAAAGAAGGGAUUCUUUGUUGAACCAACCAUCAUAACUGAUGUGACUACUUCCAUGCAAAUUUGGAGAGAAGAAGUUUUUGGACCUGUUCUGUGUGUAAAAACAUUUAGCACUGAGGAAGAAGCUAUUGAUCUAGCGAAUGACACUGUCUAUGGCUUAGGUUCUGCUGUAAUAUCAAAUGAUCUAGAAAGAUGUGAGCGCAUUACAAAGGCUUUUAAGGCUGGAAUUGUAUGGGUCAAUUGCUCUCAACCAUGCUUCACUCAGGCCCCAUGGGGAGGCAUUAAACGUAGUGGCUUUGGUCGUGAAUUAGGAGAAUGGGGACUUGAUAAUUACUUGAGUGUGAAGCAGGUGACUCAGUAUAUCUCCGAUGAACCGUGGGGCUGGUACCAGUCUCCUUCAAAGCUGUGAUAGGUAUCGCUGUAAAGUGAUGAUAAAUUGAUGUUCUAAAAUCUGACAUCGAAUAAAGUGUAGGUGAUACCAAAUUAUGAUUAUGAUCCAAAAGUCGGGAAGACAUAAAAUGUCUAUGUAUCACGCGGAACUGGUUUGCAGUCAAGCUUAUGCUGGUAGUGUUUUUCUCUAAUUUAGUUAUGGCUGACCACUCCAUCAUUUUUCGAAUAUUUGAACAUCAUCACGAUAGACUUUUCUCAAAUCUGGAUCGCUCAUACUGAAA